CUUCCAUAUAGUAAGUAUAUUAUAAAAAGAAUCAUACGUCAAGAGCUAGUGACAAAGGGAUGAGAGAGAGAGGUAGAGAGAGAGAGAGAGGGGUGGUUGACGGACGACGAUCACUAGCAAGGCGGACGACACUGAAUCAAGAGCGUGCAGGGUCUCGGGGUAGAAGCAGAACCAGAUGGUGGAAAACAGAGGAACGGAGGCAAAGGCAACAUGAUCAAAACCAGACUCGGAUGUGGAAGAACGAGGGUGCUUAUGACAAAGGAUUAUACAAGCAAGCCACACCAUACUUUUUCUCCAAUUUUCCGGAUGACUGGAGCUAUGCAGACAUGUGGAGAAUUUUCCGAAAAUAUGGAAGGGUGUAUGACAUUUAUAGCCCCAACAGAAGAAGCAGAAAUGGGAAAGACUAUGAAUGGCUUAAAGGGUGCUAUGUAGGAACGGUUCAUUCCGUUGAGAUGGUUCGAAAUCUCCAGGAGAAAUUUUACAUGGAGGGGUAUUUUUCCUGUCGGAUUCGAGCAAUGGGGGGGAAGAUGGUCUUGUUAGACUGUGAGGAGAAAGAAGAACUGAAGGAUCUUGUGGAAAUGGCCUCAGAUUGGCUAAGCCAAUGGUUUGAAGAUGUGCGCCCGUGGACACCGGAAUCAGUAGCAAAGGAGAGAUUCGUGUGGAUUAGAUGCCAAGGGGCACCUUUAAAUGUAUGGGGGCUGGACUUCUUUGCAAACAUGGCCUGCUCUUGGGGAAAAUUCAUCUAUUUAGAUGAUAACACAAGCAAAAAAAUGAGAUUUGAUAUAGCAAGAUUCUUGAUAUCUACUCCAAUUAGCAAUACAAUCUCAGUUCGGCGCCAAAUACAAAUCAAUAGGAGAAUAUACAAUCUGAAAUUCACUGAAGAGGAAUUUACAAAUAGUUUUUUUUCCCUAAAACAUGACUUUUUCCCAGCAUACCAAAGUGAUUCCGAAGAGAAUGAAGGAUGGACCACCGAAAGUGAGAGGGAGAAACACGGGUCUGUAUUCGCAGAGGAGUUUGCCCAGGUGAAUGGAAGCUGUCUCCAAGAAGAUGAUGAUGACGUGGCGGGUUGGCAAAGAAGGGAAAUGGAGAAACCUCGGGAACAAGCCACAGCGGGGAAGGGGAAACAGUGCAACACAGAGGAAAACAGCCUGGAACACAUUCAAAAUUUGAAUGAGAUUGAGUCUAGAGUAGGGGCAGAGGAGGCGUGGCUGCUGCAGGGUGACGUUGCUGUGUCAGGAAGAUUGGGUGUUGUGGAGGGAGAAUAUCUGGGCCUUUAUUUAUGGAAGCACUUGAGAAUAAAGGAGAGAAUGUGGCAGCAAAAGUCAAGAAUGGUGUGGCUGAAAGAAGGGGAUGCGAACACAAAGUUUUUCCAUAGGUGUGUGAAGGGAAGAAACAGGAGAAAUGAAAUCAACUUCAUCCAGAUAAAGGGAGUACAACACACUGGGGUUCUGGGAAUAAAAAAAGCAGUUGCAGAACACUUUGAAAAACUGUUUACAGAAGAAAAUUGGCAAAGACCAAGGCUGGAUGGGAUUAGUUUCAACCAGAUUUCUGGGGUUGACAACAAAAUCCUAACAGCCGCAUUUUCUGAAGUGGAAAUCAAACAAGCUAUAUGGGAUUGCGGUUCCUCAAAAUCCCCAGGCCCGGACGGUUUCAACUUCAGAUUUAUUAAGGAGAUGUGGGGAGACAUCAAAUCUGAGAUCAUCGACUUCGUACAAGAGUUCCAUAGGCUCGGACGACUUCUAGUGGACGGAGUUGUGAUAGCGAACGAGGUCAUCGAUGAGGCUAAGAAAAAGAAGAAGAAGAGCUUCCUGUUUAAAGUGGAUUUUGAGAAAGCGUAUGACAAUGUCUGUUGGGAUUUCAUUGAUUAUAUGAUGAGGAGAAUGGGAUUCAAUACAAUCUGGAGAAAUUGGAUACGGGAAUGUCUAGCAUCGAGUUCGGUUUCAGUUCUCAUUAACGGAAGCCCAACAAAUCAAUUCCCGGUGAGCAAAGGGAUAAGACAAGGCGACCCGCUAUCACCCUUCCUAUUUUUAAUAGUAGCUGAAGGAUUAAAUGGGCUUGUAUCCUCUGCAGUGGAGAAACAGCUAUAUAAAGGAGUGGUAGUGGGGAAUGAAGGAGUCUCAGUGUCACACCUUCAAUUUGCGGAUGAUACGAUUUUUUUUGGAGAGGCAUCGGAGGACAAUAUCGGGGUCAUUAAAAGUAUAAUGAGAACUUUUGAGUUGGUGUCUGGUCUUAAAAUUAACUUUGGGAAGAGCCAAUUAAUGGGGAUCGGGGUUGAAGACAACUGGAGAAAUAAGAUGGCGUUCAGGCUGUGUUGUAAGGAAGGGGAGUUUCCAUUCAAAUAUUUGGGGAUCCCAAUUGGAGGAAAUCAUAAAAGAGUGGCAAUGGAGAGAGUAGGAUGGCUGUUGGAAGGUUUUAGAAUAAAGCUUGGUGAUGGAAAGGACAACAAGUGCCACCAAAUGGGAAAGGACGAAAAUGAACAAUGGAGCUGGAACCUCCAAUGGAGAAGAGAGCUAUUUGAAUGGGAGAACGAAGAGGCAAAGGAACUCCAACAAUUGAUAGAAGACAAGAGAAUCAAGCAAGGAAGGCCAGACUCGUGGGAAUGGGCCCAUGACAAGGAUGGACAAUAUUCCACGAAGACAGCAUACUCUACCCUAACAAAAGAUCUGAUAGAAACAAGGGAGAUCUCGACAUACAAAAGAAUAUGGAAUCCUAAAUUUCCAAGUAAAGUCUCAGCCUUCAACUGGCAACUUUUGCUUGACAGAAUCCCAACAAAAGUUAACUUGGCCAUUAGAGGGAUUAUUGGAGAAUCAGAAGAUGGCAAAUGCGUUUUUUGCAAGGAGGAAAAUGAAGACUCCAAACACCUGUUUCUGAAAUGCAAAAUAACCAGUUGGGUGUGGCAAGAAUGCGCUAAAUGGUGGGGAACAGAGAUCCGGCUGGAAAGGGAUUGCUGGAAUUCAUUUCAGAGGUUCGGGAAAUGGAGCAAAGAUCCAAAGGGAGAUGUGAAGAUUAAGCAACGGUACUCUGAAGUUCGUCACGAGUAUAGUGUCGACACUUUUAGGGAAGAAGAUGAGAUGACUGAAGAUCCUCGCCUUGUGAAAUUGAGAAAGAGCAUUCGCAACGGAGAUUGGAAUGCUGUUGAGCAGUUUUUUGUUUCUGACGAGCAUCCACUAGAUACAAUAAUAUUAUCAAACGAAGGCUACACUGCUCUUCAUGUUGCAAUACUGGCAGGGAAAUAUGAGAUUGCCAAGAAUUUGAUAAUGAUGAUGCCGGAAACAGAUCUGGAAAAAAGGACAGCGAGUGACAGUGGUGGUCACACGGCUCUUACCUUAGUUGCAACGACGGAGAGAACAGACAUGGCAAGACGCAUAGUCGAAAAGAACAGCAAGAGCAAAUUACUUACAAUUGAAAAUGAUCGAGGCUUUAUCCCAGUAACUGCUGCAUGUGCUAUGGGCCACAAGGAUAUGACACGCUACCUUUAUUCUGUCACCCCACCCAAAGUCUUCCUACCACAAUAUGGCAAUUAUGGAAUUGAUCUCAUGAGGGCGGGCAUGGAAAACAAAAUUUUAGUAGUGGAGUAGAUGAUGGGUAACUUUUCUCCUACUUAUAAUCCAGAUAUUUGCCUGGAUCUAAUUCAGCGCUACCCAAAGUUGGCCGUUACUACAAACAAAGAAAAGCAGGGAUUCUCUCCUAUUUUUAUAAUGUCACGCCAACCUAAGUCAUUCGUUGGUGGAGGUAGGCUUCAGGGCUUGGAAAAGCCGAUUUAUAAAUGUAAGUAUGGAUU